AUGCCUGCCAGCCAGGUGGAUGCUCCUGUAGCCAACGGGCAUGACGGACACGCUCAUUCACCUACUAAGAAAGGCAAAGGAAAGAAAGGAAUGGAUAACAACGAGGCAUCGCGUCUGCUCCAUGCGCGGAUAUCUCAGCUGGAGCAGGAUGCCGCGGGAGAUAAGGAACAAGAGUUGGAGAUUGAACGUGAAGUGAAAAGAGCGAAUAGGGAUCUUCUUCAGCAGGUAUCCAAGAUGGACAACAUGCAGAAAAUUGACCACCUCACCAAGCGGUCUAGUGAACUGUUGGCUGAUAUGCGACGAUUGGAGCGUGAAAAUCAGAAGAAUAAGCGGCGCGGGGACACCCUGCAAAAAGAGAGAGACGCAAGCCGCACGGAGCUUAAUAAGACUGUCGGUCUCAAGGAGAAAUUGGAAAAGCUAUGUCGCGAGCUCCAGCGGGAUAAUAACAAGAUGAAGAAUGAGAAUAAGGAGCUUCAGACGACACAGAAACGGAACAACGCCCAUUGGGACGAAAAGUAUGCUACACUCUUGACCAAACUCGACGGAUAUCAGGAAGAAAAAGAUACUCCAAAGAAACAAGUCGUCGAUAUGGAGGUCGACGAGCUGUCAGUCUCAACCAUUCCUUUACGUAGAUGUCCGCUCACCUUUGUUCACAGUUUCCGAAUUCGCUUCAAAUCGUUCAUCGAACAAUACGAGUUACGAGAAUUACAUUUCCACUCGUUAAUGCGCACCAAGGAACUCGAAGUCCAGUACCAUAUGGCGCGAUACGAACGAGAGAAGAAGAACGCAGAAGGCGAAUCGACAAAGGCCCGACACCUACAGGCGCAAGUCCAAGCGUUUACCAAGACAGAAACUGAGCUGAGGAAUCAGCUCAAUGUUUACGUUGAUAAGUUUAAGCAGGUGGAGGAUACCUUGAACAAUAGUAACGACUUGUUCCUAUCAUUCCGCAAAGAGAUGGAGGAUAUGUCGAAGAAGGGCAAGCGGUUAGAGAAGGAGAACGAAGCCCUGAAGCGACAGAAGGAAGCGACAGCUGCCAAUAUCAUUCGCAUGGCCGAAGAGCGCCAGGAGUGGAAGAAGAAGACAGAAACCGCCGAGAAGAAGACGGAGAAGCUCAUGAGCAUCAUCCAGCAAAUGCAGCAACAAGGGCGCAGGGUGCCACCCGGAAUGUCUAACACCGUCGAGAGCGGUUACUCCGAUAGCCACGGCGGAAACGAAGGAGACGAAAGCGACUACUCUGACGAGGACUGCGAGGAGGAAGAACUUAGCGAGUUCGACGACGAUACAGAGGAGGAACCACAAGGCAACGAGCAAGGAACGCCAGUGGCCUAUGGCCCUGAACGUCCCCCUCAGCCGGUUCCUUCAGCGGCGACAAACGGGCACUAG